UUCCUUUCGCCAUUUUUUUGUGGAAUUUCAUCCAAUCUUUAUUAGGGUUACGAAACCCUAGACCCUUUUUUUGAAAUUCCGGAUUAUUUAACUAGCGAAAGAGAAUGGCUGAUCAAGGAAUGGAAGGGAGCCAACCAGUUGACCUUACUAAGCAUCCUUCUGGGAUUGUUCCAACUCUUCAAAAUAUUGUCUCAACAGUGAACUUAGACUGCAAGCUUGAUCUUAAAGCCGUUGCUUUGCAGGCGAGGAAUGCUGAAUACAAUCCCAAGCGUUUUGCUGCUGUAAUAAUGAGGAUUAGAGAGCCAAAGACUACAGCGUUGAUCUUUGCAUCUGGGAAAAUGGUGUGUACCGGAGCUAAAAGUGAACAUCUUUCAAAGCUGGCUGCAAGAAAGUAUGCUCGGAUUGUUCAGAAGCUUGGCUUUCCUGCAAAGUUCAAGGAUUUCAAGAUACAGAACAUUGUAGGCUCAUGUGAUGUCAAAUUCCCGAUUAGGCUUGAAGGUCUUGGUUACGCUCAUGGUGCUUUCUCAAGUUAUGAGCCUGAGAUAUUUCCAGGAUUGAUAUAUAGGAUGAGACAACCAAAGAUUGUUCUGCUUAUUUUUGUGUCAGGAAAGAUUGUUAUAACUGGAGCCAAGAUGAGAGAAGAGACUUACACUGCAUUUGAGAAUAUCUACCCAGUUCUGACAGAGUUCAGGAAAGUCCAGCAAUAAUAGUAUAGCCUACAAAAGCAAAAAAAAACCAUGCUCACAUUUGGAUUGAACUAGGGAUCUCAGGUGGUGGCAAGCGAUUUGGUGAGGUUAUUAUCUUUGGACAAG